UCUGACAAUGUGUAUUAUGACCUUUGAUUGCCAUAGUAACAGCUCAGUCUAAUGUCUACUUUAUAAUAAAGACGUUGUGUUUGAUCAAAGAACCUUGAACAAGCGCAAGGACAAAGUGCAUGUAAAAUAAGAUGCACAGCGGGCACCAAGCUCUCCGUAGUCCUCCACACGACUCCAGAGCUGGGAUGAGUGAGACCAGUCCACCAGGUGUGCCUCGCCCUGUGGGCAUGGAUGCCAACCAGCUCAAAGCGCGGCUGUAUGCAACAUCAGAGGUGCAUAACAACGCUCGUCCCCAGUUGAAGGUCAUCAUGAGAAGGAGGUCGAGAAGUAGCGAGACCUCUCCUCUACGAGCGAAGCAACCCAAAUUAGAACCGUUGCCCGCCCUAUCCACCUACCAGCGUAAACUUCACCAUGACGUUCAUGGUCCCAAUGAGCCUCUUCCCGAACCUCUGGCCAAGAGACAGAAAAGCGGCUCUGUGGACCCAAUUAGAGUUACGACCAUCUUUCCUCUUCCUGAGCUACCUGGAGACCUACUACAGAAACAGAAAUCACUUACUGAACAGCGUGACCCUAAACCAGCGGAGACUAUCAUAGUGCGUCCACCCACUACCCCACGAGAUGAAUCAAGGAUUAGGCUUUCCUCAAAACGCAGAGAAAGUGCUGCUGUUCGUAAGCGGUCAAGCACCCUGCUCUUGAGUUCUGACCCCAACUCUGUUCUCACACGAUACUCCCCUCCAUUGGAGAGUCUCACUGACCCUUUAGAAAUUGUGGAGCGUCUUAAAAGAGAGCCUGAACUGGGAUUUCUGUAUUUGUCUCCUAUCAACGACUUUAAAUCCAUCCGUUACAACCCUUACAAUCUCAGGGUUGUAAUUCACUCCAAGAUAAAUCCGAAUGACUACUCAACUUUGAGUGUGACGGGUGUAACUAGGAUGAUCGAGGGGAAGGAUGCUGAGUUUAUUGAGCUAGAGCAGUGGAUCACUAACUACAAACACUACCAGCAACUCAUCAAAAUCAAGACAUUUGCCAAGUUCAGAGCCUGGAAGGCUUUCUCUGUCUGGAGGAAGAAUGUACGGUGGAGGAAAAUGGAGGAAUGCAAGCAGCAUCUUGAAUCAAACUUGUUCAUUCUCCACUAUAAUCUAUGCCCUGCUCUGCUCAUGGUGAAGGGUCAGUGUGAAAUCAGGUGUGAAGAUAAACUCAUGGCAGCCAUCGAUAAAAACACUACUUACACACUUGCCGAAUUCAAGACCUGUCACCUCACCAAGCUUAGAAUGAUCUCUGUGUCCUUGUCAGAGUUCCACACAUGGGUGACAGGGGUGAUACGCAAUGCUUGUGAGGAAGCACUGCAAGCUGAGGACUUUGUACCUGACCCCAUUGAUGACCAGAGAGAAGCGUCACCCCAACCUUGUCUGACCCCCUUCCCCAUGAUGGACCAGAUUGAGGUGGAGCAACCUCAUCUCGUACAACUAGACCCCAAAGAGAAACUCUCUUAUACCGAGCAGGCUGCCAAGAGAAAACACUGUCAGAGACUCACCAGCUUCAUCCGACUGUGCGACUACCUAGUGGUGACCAUGCUACAUGACCUUGCUGUUAAGUCCACCUCUCAUAUCCUGGACAUACUCAAGAUACAGACAGCCAGGGAUGCUGAAAUUACCAAUCUGGUUCGAGAAUUGCCUGAUGAUAUUGAGGAGCAAGAGAAAAUGCUACAGGAUAUCUAUGAGACGGUGGGUUACACACCAGCCCACUUGGAGAAGAGCACUCCUGCUCGCUCCCAGCUUCAUCUCAGUGCUGGCUCUGGUCUCCUCAACAACACUCCAUCACGCACUCACAUUGGAACUCCAUCCAGAGCUGGCUUCGCAUCCACUCACAAGAAAGACUCGGUGGUUCAAGAUGGUGACUAUCACAAAAGCCUCUUCACCUCUCACCUCAUGCUGGAAACAAACAAACUGUACUUUGAACCGAGUGGGGGUGAAUUCAGGACAGGUCUGUCUGAGAUAUUGGGUGCCUUCAGAGACUGCACUUUGGCCUUCCCCAACCUCCUACCUGAUUCUUACUUUCAUUCUUUUACCAGACCUCUCAUCAAUCACAAAGUGGAGGACAAAGUGUGCGGGGAGGGUCCAGAUCUGGAGGCCAUCUUUGAAGCCGACUCGCACUUGCAAGGACUUUGUCAAAGUAUUCAGGAUUGUUUGGAUAAAGCUUUUACCGUGGCAAAUGAGUACCGGUCAAAGUUUGAGCCAUACAGAGCAUUCUAUGCUGAGAACAAGGCAUUGGAUGUUGAGCAAAUGAACAAGCAAGACCAUGAUGUUGCCUUCUUUCGCAAGUGGUUAGGGCGCUAUCGUCUGGAACACAUCCAGUGCAAGAAUUGCCCUGUUGAGAAGGAUUUGGGCCUCCUACUGGUUAGCACCGACACUCUCAAAUCCGAGCUACUGCCAUCACCUGUCAAAUGCCUGGAUGCAUUGUACAAUGUUCUGCCAAACAAAGCCAAGACCAUCAUGGACAGGCUCAUCGCAAUCUCUCAAGAUGCUGUCAUCAAGCUGGGGUCUGAGCCGGCUUCAACGAUCGAAUACGUUAAUAUUCUCAAGUUCAUGGAUGAGAUUCAAGAUCAAGUUGAUGGCAUUGAACAGGAGGCUGCUACUGUGAAAGACCUCUAUGACCUAGUUGAAAUGUACCAAGUUCCUGUCAAUCCUGAAGACCUGGCGAUCUAUCAGAGUCUUCGUCCUGAGGUGCUACGACUGAGGACAGCAGUGGACAAGGCAACCAGCAACAGGGAGCAGUACGUGGACAAGUUCUGUCACAACGUAGACAAAGACAUCACUGAACUGGGCAAGGAGGUCAAAGACAUUAAGAACCAGGGGCUGAACCCUAUGAUCCUAGACCCUGAUACUGAAAGUGAUAAAGUGUUGGAGUAUGUAGGCAGCCUGCUCUCCACACUAGAUGAGCUCCAAUCAAAGGCCUUCACAUACAAAACCUACCAGAAGAACUUCAAGGUUGAAGUGACACGGUUUGAUGAUAUGGAGGAGGUUCAUGCUGAGGUUAAGCUCAAGCAGACACUAUGGGAGUCCAAGAGAGACUGGGUCUCUGACAAUGAGACAUGGAUGACGAUGAACUUCGAGGACAUCCAGCCGGAGACUGUGUCAACUCAGGUGACAAAGUAUGCCAAGAUGGUGUAUCAGUUUGAGAAGGGACUUCCCCCAAACGGAGUUGUCCCUGCCCUAAAAUUCAAAGUGGAGUCCAUGAAAGAUAUGCUGCCUGUGAUCUCUGACCUGCGGAACCCUUCACUGAAAAAACGUCACUGGGAGCUGAUUGAGGGCAUUGUUGGGCACAAGUUUGACCCAGAGGUCACACUCACACUGCAGAAGCUCACUGAGCUAAACGUGUUUGAGCACGCUGAGGCCAUCCAGGAGGUAUCUGGCCAAGCUUCCUCCGAGUCCUCCCUGGAAGCUAUCCUUAAAAAGGUAGAGGACUCAUGGAAGGCUACUGAGUUUGUUGUACUACCCCACCGCGACUCAAAAGAUGUGUUUAUCUUGGGAGGGACUGAUGACAUCCAAGUGCUUCUUGACGACAGUCAGGUCAACAUCUCCACUAUAGCCGGGUCCAGGCAUGUAGGACCCAUCAAACCCAGGGUGGAUGAAUGGUCCAAGCAACUGACUCUCUUCUCAGAGACUUUGGAUGACUGGUUAGAGUGUCAGAGGAACUGGCUGUAUCUCGAAAGUAUCUUUGGUGCUCCUGACAUACAGCGGCAGCUCCCCAAUGAAGCCAAGAUGUUUGGACAGGUGGACAAGUCAUGGAAGGACAUAAUGAGACAAGUGCACAAGAAUCCAAAUUGCAUUCGAGCUGGAACAAGACCAGGCUUGCUGGAGACAUUCAAACAGAACUUGUCUCUCUUGGAGCAGAUACAGAAGUGCCUUGAAGAUUAUCUUGAGUCAAAGAGACUCCUUUUCUCUCGAUUUUACUUUCUUUCAAACGAUGAACUCCUGGAGAUUCUCUCUCAGACUAGAAAUCCACAAGCCGUGCAGCCUCACCUCAGAAAGUGCUUUGAUGCCAUAGCAAGUCUGGAGUUUGGCACCAUCCUAGCUGCAGAACCUGGUGCUCCUCCCACUGUCACUAAUGACAUUCUGGCUAUGAUCUCCCCAGAAAAAGAAAGUGUGACCCUACAGAAGCAAGUGAAGGCGAGAGGCAAUGUAGAGAGUUGGCUCGGUCUGGUGGAAGAGUCUAUGGCAGUCUCUCUGAGGAAACUUUCUAAAAUUGCUUUGGCAGACUUCGAGAUGAAGCCUAGACAUGAGUGGGCCACUCAUCAUCCCAGUCAGGUUGUGAUAGCUGUGUCUCAGGUGAUGUGGUGUAGGGAUCUCACCAACUGCCUCACUGAUGAUGAGGAUGUGCUCUCAGCAAUUAAAGGAGCGGAACAAAGAUGCUUCCAGAACCUAAACAAGCUGGCUGAGCUGGUACGUGGCCAACUGCCCAAGCUUAUCAGGAACAUCAUUGGAGCACUUAUCACUAUCGAUGUGCAUGCCAGAGACACAGUCACUGCCAUGGUGACUAACAAGGUUGAAGGUCUUCAGGACUUUGAGUGGUUAAAGAAUGCCCGCUACUACUGGGAGAUUGAUGAGGACACUCUUGUUGUACGCAUGUCCAACUCCAAAUAUUUCUAUGCCUAUGAGUAUCUGGGAGCAUCAGCCAGGCUCGUCAUCACUCCUCUCACUGACCGCUGCUGCCUGUGUCUGAUGGGAGCGCUCCAGUUGGACUUAGGAGGAGCCCCGGCAGGCCCUGCUGGCACUGGUAAAACAGAAACUGUCAAGGAUUUGGCCAAGGCUGUGGCCACUCAGUGUGUUGUGUUCAACUGCUCCGAGGGUAUUGACUUCAAGAUGAUGGGUCGUUUCUUUUCUGGUCUGGCCCAGUCUGGAGCUUGGUGCUGUUUCGACGAGUUCAAUAGAAUUGACAUUGAAGUACUCUCUGUCAUUGCUCAGCAAAUGUUAACCAUCAGAAAUGCAAAAUCUUCAAAGGCCAAGGUGUUUUUGUUUGAAGGACGAGAAAUCAAGCUGAUCCCCACCUGUUCAACCUUUAUCACCAUGAAUCCCGGCUAUGCUGGUAGAACUGAGCUACCAGACAACCUCAAAGCUCUCUUUAGACCAUUCGCUAUGAUGGUGCCCGAUUAUGCUCUGAUUGCUGAGGUGAUCCUCUACUCAGAGGGUUUUGAAUCCAGUAAAAACCUGGCUAGGAAGAUGACUCAAAUGUACAAGCUAUGCAGUGAACAAUUGUCACAACAAGACCACUACGAUUUUGGAAUGAGAGCUGUCAAAUCUGUGUUGGUGAUGGCUGGCCAGCUUAAGAGAGAAAACCCCAAUAUUCAGGAAGACAUUGUACUCAUCAGAGCUCUAAGAGACAGCAACCUGCCUAAGUUUCUGGCAGAUGAUGCCAUUCUCUUCAAGGGUAUUCUAUCAGAUCUGUUUCCGGGAGUCACACUGCCCGAGCAUGACUACGGUGUUCUUCAGUCUUCCAUCGAGAUGGCUAUCGUUGACAAAGGACUGCAGCUAGUACCACCACAGGUGAAGAAGGUGAUCCAAUUGUACGAGACAAUGUUGGUACGUCAUGGGCUCAUGUGUGUGGGACCCACUGGCGGAGGGAAGACCACCAUCUACGAGGUGCUUAAAGAUGCUCUCGUCUAUCUCCAUAAGGAGGGACACAAGCACUACUUUUACCAACCAGUACACACCUACGUCCUCAAUCCUAAGGCUAUCAGUAUGGGAGAGCUGUAUGGAGAGGUGAACAAGUUGACCCUGGAGUGGAAGGAUGGACUCAUGGCUACAAUAGUGCGACAUUGUGUGCGGGACACCACAGAUGACCACAAAUGGAUUGUGUGUGAUGGACCAGUGGAUGCACUCUGGAUUGAGAACAUGAACACUGUGUUGGAUGACAAUAAAAUGCUGUGUCUUGCCAACUCUGAAAGAAUCAAGUUGACUUCGUCAAUGCACAUGAUGUUUGAAGUUCAGGACUUGGCAGUAGCCUCACCAGCCACCGUUAGCAGAUGUGGUAUGGUGUAUGUUGACCCUGGUGAGCUUCGAUGGAAGCCCUAUGUCUUAACGUGGUUGCAAAACAAGUUUAAGGCAAAGAUCUCCGAUGAAACAAAGAACUACAUUAUAGAGUUGUUUGAUACCUUUUUGGAUAAAGGGCUCAAGUUCAUCCGAAAGGAAGCUACAGAGUGCAUGAAAACAGUUGAGAUGAGUCGAGUGAUGACCCUCUGCUCUCUCCUCUCUUCGCUGUUGUGCGGUGUGGGGGACAAGCCUACUGUGGACUUCACCAUGGACCCAGCCAAACUGCAUCCCUUCAUCUGCACCACAUUUGUGUUUGCCUAUGUGUGGAGUGUAGGUGGCAACCUGAUGGAAAAAUCUAUGGACACCUUUGACACAUUUGCCAGAGAUCUCUUUAGUGAGACCCAAGAUGUCAAGAUUCCUGGUGGUUCUGAUCUAUAUGGCUACUACGUGGACUUUGUCAACAAGAAACUGGAAAGCUGGGAAAAUAUCAUUCCAGAAUUCCGAUACAAUUUGGAGACACCUUUCUUUGACAUCCUGGUUCCCACCAUUGACACUGUGAGGUUUGGUUUCUUACUUGAGAAACUCCUUGAUGUAAACCAUUCUGUUCUCUUUACUGGCACCACUGGAGUGGGAAAGUCUGUAGUGGCAAAGGGCAUGCUGAACCAGUUGCAAGAGAAGAGUAACGUGGUCAAUGUCAAUGUUAACUUCUCUGCUCAAACCAGCAGCAUACAGACACAAGAGCUGAUUGAGUCUAAGCUGGAGAAAAAGAGAAAGACUAUUUUAGGUGCUCCUCCUGGAAAACGUAUUGUUAUCUUUGUUGAUGAUCUGAAUAUGCCCAAGCUGGACACAUAUGGCUCACAGCCUCCCGUUGAACUGUUGAGACAGUAUCAGGACUUCAGAGGCUUCUACGACAGGGAGAAGCUGUUUUGGAAAGAUAUAAAAGAUGUUACAAUUAGUGCGGCAUGUGCCCCUCCUGGUGGUGGGCGUAACCCAAUUACGCCUCGGAUGAUUAGACAUUUCGCCAUGUUUAGUCUUCCCCCACCUUCAGAUAUUAGCCUCCGGGGAAUAUUCAAGGCCAUCACCAAAGGAUUCUUUUCUGACUUCCCUGAUCCUGUCAAAGCAGCAGCAGAGUCAAUUGUGAAUGCUAGUGUUGAGAUCUAUGGUCGAAUGAGUACAGACUUACUGCCCACACCAGCAAAAUCCCACUACCUCUUCAAUCUCAGAGAUUUGUCGAAGUGCAUUCAAGGUGUUCUCCAAGCGGAUCCUGGUGUGAUUCGUGAGCAUAAUCAGGUGUUUAGGCUCUACUGCCAUGAGUGUCAGAGGGUGUUCCAUGACCGUCUUAUUAACAAAACUGACAAAAGAUACUUUUAUGGAAUCCUCUCUGAAAUGUCAUCAAAGCACUUUUCAAAAGAUGUGAGUGCUGAGAAGUUUGAGGAAUCCCCGAUCAUCUUUGGUGACUUUAUAAAGGUGGGAGCAUCACAGUCAGAUAGGAUUUACGAAGAGUUGGUCAAUAUGAAGAAAGUCCCACUGGUCCUCUCAGAAUAUCUGGAUGAUUUCAACAUGAGCUCUUCAAAAGAAAUGAAGCUGGUAUUUUUCUUGGAUGCUAUUGAGCACGUUUCAAGGAUCGCCCGUAUGGUACGCCAGCCUCGUGGUAAUGCUCUACUGGUGGGGGUAGGUGGCACAGGCAAGCAGAGUCUGACCAGACUGGCUGCUCACAUUUGCUCGUACAAGUGCUUCCAGAUUGAACUCACUAGAGGCUACAAUUAUGACACCUUCCAUGAGGACCUCAAGAAAAUCUACCAGAUGACAGGAGUAGAAGAACAAGACACUGUUUUCCUUUUCACAGACACUCAGAUCGUGGUUGAGGAAUUUUUAGAGGACAUCAACAACAUGUUGAACUCUGGAGAAGUGCCCAACUUGUUUGCUGCUGAUGAGUAUGAAAGGAUUAUUACAGCUGUGAGACCCAGUGCCAAGGAACAAGGCAUUCCUGAAGGAGACAGGGAUGCAAUAUUCAACCAUUUCAUUGGUCGUGUUCAGGAGAGACUCCACAUUGUUGUGUGCAUGAGUCCCGUUGGUGAUGCCUUCAGAUCACGCUGCCGUAUGUUUCCAUCCCUCGUUAACUGCUGUACCAUCGACUGGUUCACUGAAUGGCCGAGACAAGCUUUGCUGUCAGUAGCUGAGACGUUCUUUGAGAAUGUAGACUUGGGAGAUGAUGAGAUCAAGAGUGCCAUCGCCAAAAUGUGUGUGGAAAUUCACACAAGUGUCACAGAGAUGUCUGAGGUGUUUUAUGCUGAGCUGAGGAGGCGUUUCUACACCACCCCCACCAGCUACCUAGAGCUCAUCACCCUCUACUUAUCCAUGCUGCAGACAAAAAAAAGGCAAUUAGUUUUGGCAAGAGAUCGUAUUGCGACUGGUCUAAAGAAACUGUUAGAGACAAACGAACUUGUUAUCAAUAUGGAGGUUGAGCUGACUGCUCUUGCCCCUGUGCUGGAGAAGAAGUCAGUGGAGACUGAGGAGCUUAUGCAGAGGCUAGCAGUAGAUCAGGAGGAGGCCUCUAAAGUGAGAACAGUAGUGGUGAAGGAAGAGGCAGUGGCCAACAAAAAAGCUGAUGAAACCAGGGCAAUCGCUAAGGAUGCUCAGAACGACCUGGAUCAAGCACUGCCCGCACUCAGUGCUGCAAACAAGGCUCUGGAUGCCUUGGACAAAAGUGAUAUAUCUGAGAUCCGUGUGUUUAGCAAGCCACCAGAGCUGGUAGCCACUGUGUUGGAGUCCAUUUGUAUAUUGUUCAAUGCACGACCAGACUGGGCCAGUGCCAAGACUCUCCUCGGAGAUACUGCCAUCCUCAAGAAAAUGGUUGAAUUUGAUAAGGAUAACAUUUCUGAUUCUACUCUGAAGAAGCUCAAGAAGUAUGUUGACAAUCCAAAGUUUCAGCCUGAGAUAGUCGAGAAGACAUCCAAAGCGUGCAAGUCCAUGUGCCUGUGGGUGCGUGCUUUGGAUUUGUAUGCCAAGGUGGUCAAAACGGUUGAACCAAAGAGAGAAAGACUGAAAUCAGCUCAGGAAGAACUGGAUGUGGUGAUGGCACAACUUAAGGAGAAACAGGACAAGCUUUCAACCAUCGAAGCAAAAAUCAAGGACUUACAAGCAAGCUAUGAGCGCAGUGUGAGUGAGAAGCAAGAGCUAGCUGAGAACAUGGAGAAAACCCAAGCACGGCUACAGAGGGCAGCCAAGCUUACCACGGGACUGGCUGAUGAGCAAGUCAGAUGGGCUGAUUCAGUCAAGAAAUUUGAGGAUGAGAUCAACAACGUUGCUGGGAAUGUGUUCAUUGCUGCUGCUUGUGUAGCCUACUAUGGUGCAUUCACAAGCUUGUACAGAGAAAAGCUGCUUAACCAGUGGAUCAAACAUUGCAAGGAGUUUGGUAUCCCAGUCUCAGACGACUUCAGUGUUAUCAACAUACUGGCUACUCCAUUUGAGAUCAGACAGUGGAACACUCACGGACUGCCUAGAGACACUGUUUCUACUGAGAAUGCGGUCCUGGUAACCAGGGGAAGGAGAUGGCCUCUCAUGAUCGACCCACAGGAACAGGCAAAUCGCUGGGUUCGUAACAUGGAGAGCCAGAAUGGUCUAAAGAUAAUCAAGCUUACAGAUGCCAACUACCUGAGAACCCUGGAAAAUGCCAUCAGAAUUGGAAUGCCAGUUCUUUUGGAGGAGGUAGAAGAGCAGUUGGACCCAUCUCUUGAGCCUAUUCUGCUGAAACAGACCUUUAUGCAAGGUGGUAGACUGCUGAUUCGACUUGGAGACAGUGACAUCGACUACGACAAAAAUUUCAGGUUCUACAUGACGUCAAAGCUGUCUAACCCUCACUACCUACCAGAAGUGUGCAUUAAAGUUACCAUUAUCAACUUCACUGUCACCAAAUCGGGUCUAGAAGAUCAGUUACUAAGUGAUGUUGUGCGAUUGGAGCGACCUGAUCUAGAGGAACAAAGAAAUGAGUUGAUCACAAAUAUCAACGUUGCCAAAAAUGAACUGAAGAGCAUUGAAGACCAAAUCUUGAAACUCCUGUUUGAGUCAACUGGAAACAUUCUAGAUGACGAGAAGCUUAUUCAAACUCUGGAUGCUUCAAAGAUCACCUCUGGUCAAAUCUCCAAGCGUCUAGCCGAGGCUGAGCUAACAGAAGAGGAGAUAUCUACUGCUCGUGAGAAGUAUCGUACAGUGGCUACCAGAGGCUCUGUGAUGUACUUUGUUGUGGCCACGUUGGCUGAGGUGGACCCUAUGUACCAAUACUCACUCAAGUACUUCAACCAGCUGUUCAACACCUGUAUUGAGCUGAGUGAGAAGGCGUCUGAUCUACAAGUGCGGCUAAAUAUCCUGCUCAAGAACACUACCAGUACGGUCUACACUAAUGUGGCCAGAGGUCUCUUUGAAAAGCACAAGUUGGUUUUCUCCUUCAUGCUCUGUGCUGACAUAAUGAGGCAAAAUGGUGACAUCACAAAUGCUGAAUGGAACUUUUUCUUACGGGGUUCAGCAGCAGUUGAUAAGGAACGUCCAGAGACACCGGACAUCCCAUGGCUUACUCAGCAGAUAUGGGACACAUGCUGUGACAUGGAAGACGAGCUGCCUUGCUUUAAGGGAAUCUUAAAAGACAUUGUUUGUACACCAGUUGGCUGCAAAAUUGGAAGAAUUGAGCUUUCUGCCAACCCUCCUGACUGGGAUGGGUACUCUACGCCAAAUCCUCCAUCUCCCCAACCCCCCCACGAAGAAGAAGAGACCCCUCCAAUUACAGGCCAUUGGAACGAAAGGCUCACCAGUUUCCAGAAACUCGUUAUGGUCAAGUGUUUUAAGGAAGAGAAGGUUCUAUUUGCUGUUUUUGAUUUUGUGUCGGACAACCUUGGACCACAAUUUGUGGAAAGUCCUCCUGUUAAAUUGUCGACUUUAUAUGAGGACACCUCAAACACCACACCCCUUGUGUUUGUUCUUUCAUCUGGCUCUGACCCAAUGAGUGCCUUCCUGAGGUUUGCCAAGGAGAUGAACUACAUGGAGAAGAUCCACGCCAUCUCCCUUGGACAAGGCCAAGGGCCUGUGGCUGAGAAAAUGGUUGCUAAUGCCACUAAAAGCGGGGAUUGGAUCUUCCUACAGAACUGUCACUUGGCAGCCUCUUGGAUGUUGCGUAUGGAGGCCAUGGUCAAGGGUUUCCUAGCUGCUGACGCUAUCAUUCAUGAGGACUUCAGGCUUUAUCUCAGCUCCAUGCCUGACAAGUGCUUCCCUGUCUCGGUGCUGCAGAACUCAGUAAAAGUCACAAACGAGCCUCCCAAAGGUCUACGUACCAAUGUAAGGAGAGCAUAUGCAGACUUCCAAUCAUCAUUUAUCGAAGAUCAUAUCCUUGGAACAACGUGGCGGCAGCUUGUGUUUGGCUUGUGCUUCUUCCAUGCUAUUAUCCAGGAGAGGAAGAAGUUUGGACCACUAGGCUGGAACAUCAAAUACGAGUUCAAUGAUUCUGAUCGAGAGUGUGCACUGGACAACUUGAGAAUUUUCCUGGAAGACGGACAUAUACCCUGGGAUGCACUGGCUUUCAUUACAGGAGAGAUCACAUAUGGAGGACGUGUGACUGACUCCUGGGAUCAACGCUGCCUCAGGACUAUGCUCAAACGAUUCUUUUCCCCUCCUGCUCUAGAAUCAAAUGCUAAGUACUCUCCAUCAGGUGUCUACUAUGCUCCUGAUGCCGAGACUAUUCAAGCAUACAGAGACUACAUAGAGAACCUGCCAUACAGUGACGAGCCAGAGGUGUUUGGUAUGCACGAAAAUGCUAACAUUGCUUUCCAGACUCAAGAGACUCACACGCUGGUCAACACAGUGCUGGACGUGCAGCCUCGACUAGCAAGCAGUGGGGGAGGGAAAACCAGUGAUGAGAUUGUUUAUGAACUAGCUGACAAUAUCCUAUCGAAAAUCCCUGAGAAAUUGGAUAUUGAGAAGGCCCUCCCAGAAAUUUUUGAGCCUGGUGAAAACGGUCAACUCAACUCGCUAGCUACUGUAUUAACCCAAGAGGUGGACAGAUUCAAUAAACUCCUUAAAGUGAUCAAGGCUUCUCUUCGAGAUAUUCAAAAAGCUAUCAAAGGGUUGGUAGUCAUGUCCGAGGAGCUGGAACGAGUUUACACAAGUUUUAUCAAUAACCAGGUCCCUGGAAUGUGGGCAAAUGCAGCAUACCCAUCCAUGAAACCUCUCAGCUCUUGGGUGAAAGACCUUGUACUUAGGCUGCACUUCAUUGAGCACUGGAUAACACAAGGACACCCCAAGUCAUUCUGGAUGUCAGGGUUCUUCUUCCCACAAGGUUUCCUCACUGGUACACUACAGAACCACGCUAGGAAAUACAACCUUCCUAUUGACGAGUUGGCCUUCAAGUUCACUCCACUACAAGUGUAUAGGUGGCAACAAGACUACUAUGAUGCAGCACAAAAGGGGGGGGAGGGUCAGCUGGAUGACGCUUUAGAGAGUUUUGAAGAUGGCGUUGUAAUUCAUGGACUGUUUAUGGAGGCUAUGAGAUGGGAUGAUGACAGCAUGUGUGUUGUAGAUUCUCUUGCUGGAAAAAUGAAUGCGAGUUUGCCUAUGAUACGUAUGGAGCCCCGCCGGAAUCAUGUAGUGGAUCCUAGUGAUUACAACUCGCCCUUAUACAAAACUGCAGCCAGGGCUGGUAUGCUGUCUACCACAGGACACUCCACUAACUUUGUGGUGGCCGUUCAACUUCCAUCUAAAGAGUCUCAGGACUAUUGGAUUGCCAAAGGAGCAGCAUUGCUCUGUCAGCUCAGUGAAUGAACAACUGCAUAAUUUAUAUCGCUUGUGUACCCGCUUUGUCAAUUAAUGUUACAGCAGCCACUUUACUGAAUUAGUGAGGUUAUUAUGGUAUACAUUACCAUUAUUUUCAUAUUGCCA